AUGGAUUUUGAUUGCCAUCAUGCUAUUCUAGAUCUUGUAUUGGAUAAAGGAGAUGUGAUCGAAUGUCCGGAUGUUGGUGGUCCACAACAGUUAGUCUCGGAUUUUAGCAUAAAAAAAACUCCUUCACUUGUGAUGCGCGUAUCCGUAAAAGUGCAGAAAUUAAAUCUUGCUCUUUACAUCAGUUAUAUUGUGCUUGUUGAUCUUGUAAAUGAACGCUGGGGUUUGAAGCAUCGCCAUCGAUGGUCGUGCGGAAUUUUAAGGUGA